AUGACGACCCAAGUCCGCAACCUCUUCCACCACCUACCUCCACCAGCGGAAUGUCUUGCGCUUUUCAUCGCAACCCUCGAAAUUGUGCCGUUUGGUAUAAUAGGCCUACGUGAUCCUUCCUUCUUCGCAGAUGGCUACGGUCUGCCCAUUUCACGCGAGUCCGACACGUCACCUGCAUCCGCAAAACGUUCCGGCAACAAUCAAAGCACGUACGAAGAAGAUCAGAAGACAAAAAAAGCUCUAGUCGCGGCUAUAGCAGCACGCAAUGUUCAAAAUGGCGUUCUUCUGGCAGUUUUCGGGCUGGUGCUGCGAGACAGGAGGAGUUUAGGUGUCGCAGUAAUGGCAGGAUUAGUUGCAACUGUCGCGGAUUCGGUAAUUGUCAGCGCGUAUGGAGCGAAAGACAAGAUUGCAGGUCAUUACGUUGGUGUUUUCAACAGCUUGGCGAUUGGAGGGAGCUUGCUAUACUGGGGCAGAAAUGAUCCGCUGUGGUAG